UGUGUAGUGGUUUCUCAGAAUUGUCUUAAGCAUUUCUCUGAUCAAUAGUGAUUUGGAACACUCUUUCAUAUGAGUGGAAAUAGUUUCAAUUUCAUCAUCUGAAAAUUGUUCAUAUCCUUUGACCAUUUAUCAAUUGGAGAAUGGCUUGAUUUCUUAUAAAUUUGAAUCAAUUCUCUAUAUAUUUUGGAAAUGAGGCCUUUAUCAGAACCUUUAACUGUAAAAAUGUUUUCCCAGUUUGUUGCUUCUCUUCUAAUCUUGUUGGCAUUAGUUUUGUUUGUACAAAGGCUUUUUAAUUUGAUAUUAUCAAAAUUUUCUAUUUUGUGAUUAAUAAUGAUUUCUAGUUCAUCUUUGGUCCCAAAUUCCUUCCUCCUCCACAAAUCUGAGAGAUAAACUACCCUAUAUUCCUCUAAUUUAUUUAUAAUCUCGUUCUUUAUGCCUAAAUCAUGGACCCAUUUUGAUCUUAUUUUGGUAUACGGUGUUAAGUGUGGGUCCAUGCCUAGUUUCUGCCAUACUAAUUUCCAGUUAUCCCAGCAGUUUUUAUCAAAUAAUGAAUUCCUAUCCCAAAAGUUAGGAUCUUUGGAUUUGUCAAACACUAGAUUGCUAUAGUUCACUAUUUUGUCCUGUGAAUCUAACCUUUUCCACUGAUCAACUAGUCUAUUUCUUAGCCAAUAUCAAAUGGUUUUAGUAACUGCUGCUUUAUAAUAUAGUUUUAGAUCCGGUACAGUUAGGCCACCUUCAUUUGAUUUUUUUUCAUUAAUUCCCUUGGGAUUCUUGACCUUUUGUUCUUCCAUAUGAAUUUUGUUAUUUUUUCUAGAUCAUUAAAAUAUUUUCUUGGGAGUCUGAUUGGUAUAUUACUAAAUAAAUAGAUUAGUUUAGGGAGUAUUGUCAUCUUUAUUAUAUUCACUCGGCCUAUCCAAGGGCACUUAAUAUUUUUCCAGUUAUUUAAAUCUGACUUUGUGUGGAAAGUGUUUUGUAAUUUUGCUCAUAUAGUUUCUGACUUUACUUUGGUAGAUAGAUUCCCAAAUAUUUUAUACUAUCGACAGUAAUUUUGAAUGGAAUUUCCCUUUGUAUCUCUUGCUGUUGGAUUUUGUUGGUGGUGUAUAAAAAUGCUGAGGAUUUAUGUGGGUUUAUUUUGUAUCCUGCAACUUUGCUAAAGUUGUGAAUUAUUUCUAAUAGCUUUUUAGUAAAAUUUCAUGGGUUCUCUAAGUAUACCAUCAUAUCAUCUGCAAAGAGUGAUAGUUUGGUUUCCUCAUUUCCUACUCUAAUUCCUUUAAUCUCUUUCUCAGCUUUUAUUGCCUGGCUCCUUAUUGUUACUAUUUUCAUGAUGACUAUUCUCCCUGGCUCAUUAUUGUUACUGUUGCUAUCAUGAUGAGUCUCCUGGCUCAUUCUUGUUACUGUUGCCAUGCUGAUGAUACUUCUGGCUCAGGGGAAUUUUUUACAGCAUUAUCCCUUGCAUUCACUUCUGUUCCGAUUUUUCCCCUCCCUCCCUCCACCCUCUCCCCCAGAUGGUAAGCAGUUGAAUAGAUUACAGUAUAUCCUAGAUUCAAUAUAUGUGUGCAGAACUGAACAGUUUUCUUGUUGCACAGGGAGAAUUGAAUUCAGAAGGUACCAGUUAGCUUUCUUAGAGGCCUCUCUCCCUCCUUGGUUCCAGGAGCUUUUGCAGCUUGUCUUUUAGCUCUUCCAGCUUCUGCCUCUAGCUCAACUCCGACUCGUGGCUUCUCAGUCUCCAACUGAUGCUCCCCUCUCAAUCUUUUCAACUGACUGACUGAGCUCAGCUGUUUUUAUGCUCUUUUAGAGGUGUAAACUCAAAGGUUGACUCCUCCUCUGAGAGUGGGAUUAUGGGAGGUGUGAAUUUGGAUAUCUCAUACUGAACCCUGAACUCUCCCAAAUGUGUGAACUAAUGUGUGAACUCUCAAAGGUGUUAACUUAAGCAUUGUUUCUAUCAAUUCCAUUGAGUUAUCACCUUGUUUCAAGUUCUGGCUCAUAACCGAUUGACAAUGUCAUGAUGAUACUCCCUGGCUCAUUAUUGUCACUGUUGCCAUCAUGAUGAUUCUCUUGGCUCAUUAUUGUUACUAUUGUCAUGAUUAUUCUCCCUGGCUCAUUAUUGUCACUGUUGCCAUCUUGAGGCUUCUCCAUGAUUCAGCAUUGUAACUGUUGUUAUCCUGAUGAUUCUCUAUUGUCUUAGGCCUCUCUGGAUGGUUCUGGGCCUCCCUGGGCACUGCUCUUGGGCUGAACCUUCGCUCUGAAGGGCGUCAUGGCGUGCUUGGCUCUCAUGUUGGAGGAGCAAGCUUGGCUCUCUCCGGCCUCCGCCCUGAGCCAGAAAUGGAGCCAGGAGGAGGAUGACAGAAGAUCUUCUGGCCUCUCCACGGCCAGCUCCCUGGGCUUGGUGACGUUCAGGGACGUGGCGGUGGUCUUCACCCAGGAGGAGUGGAGCUGGCUGGACGCUGCCCAGAGGGCUCUGUACCAGGACGUGAUGCUGGAGAACUACGAGCACCUCGUCUUCCUGGGCGCAGGCUUUCCCGCUUCCCGGGCUGACGUGAUCUCCCAGCUGGAGAGAGGAGAAGUGCCCUUGAUGCUGGAGCAGAAUCUCCCCGGAGGCCCUUUGGCAGAUUUCCUUGAUCAGGAGAGUAGAUGCGAAAUCCUGGACUCUAUCUUAAUGCCUGGAAUUUGGAUGAAGGCGUCAUCUAAGGAAGAACUUGAAAGAGACGAUCUCUGGGAUUCUAAGAUCAGAGAAGUUUGGGAAUAUCAGCAGGGAAUCCAAGAGAAACAACUGGGGCAAUUAGCCGCUGCUUACAGAAGUUCUUCGUUCAGGAGAGGUUUCGGGCAGGGUUCCCUCCUCGUUCCCCAACAGGGAAUCCCUGUGGCAAAGCAGUUCCAUAAAUAUGAUGUCCUCGGAAAGAGUUUCAAGCAUUUUUCAGACAUAAUUAAACAUACUAGGAUAUCCUUUGGGAAGAAAGUUUGUAAAUAUAAUAAAUACAGAAGAGCCUUCAAUUACCACUCUGAACUCAUUCACUUUAAUGUAGAAAAUAGUGAAGGUGAGUCAUAUGAAUGUAACGAGUGUGGGAAAGUCUUUAGCCAGAGAAGAUAUCUUAUUGUACAUCAGAAAAUUCAUACCGGGUACAAGCCCUACGAAUGUAACGAAUGUGGGAAAGCCUUCAGCCAGAGGGGCCACCUUAAUGCCCAUCAGACUGUUCACACUGGACAAAAGCCCUAUAUUUGUACUGACUGUGGGAAAGCCUUCAGCCAGAGGGGCCACCUUAAUGAACACAGAAGUAUUCAUACUGGCGAGAGACCUUUUGAAUGUAAUGAGUGUGGGAAAGCCUUUCAUCGUAGGGGAAGACUUACUGAACAUCAGAAAAUUCAUAUUGGAGAGAAACCCUUUGAAUGUAAUGUGUGUGGGAAAACGUUCAUUCGAAAGGGAAGUCUUACUGACCAUCAGAAAAUCCAUGCUGGGGAGAAGCCCUUUGAAUGCAAUGAAUGCGGGAAAUUCUUUACCCGCAAGAAAUCUCUUUUUUAUCAUCAGAGGAUUCAUACUGGUGAGAAACCCUUUGGCUGCAAUGUGUGUGGGAAGUGCUUCAGCAGGAGGGCGAGCCUUAAUGAACAUCAAAGAGUUCACAUUGGUGAAAAGCCCUUUGAAUGCAAUGAAUGUGGGAAAGCCUUCAGUAGCAACUCCCGGCUCACUCUGCAUCAAAGAAUGCACACGGGAGACCAACCUUUUGUGUGUAAUGAAUGUGGGAAAUGCUUUAGCAGAAGGAAAAGCCUCACUGCACACCAGAGAAUCCACACUGGAGAGAAACCCUUUGAAUGCAACGAAUGCGGGAAAACCUUCAGCUGGAGGGGGAGCCUUAUUGAGCAUCAGCGAAUUCAUAUCGGGGAGAAACCGUUUGGAUGUAGCGAAUGUGGGAAGAACUUCAGCCACAGAACAACCCUCGUUUAUCAUCAGAGAAUUCACACUGGUGAGAAACCAUUUACUUGUGAGGAGUGUGGGAAGGCUUUUAGCCGGAGGGUUCACCUUACUGUCCAUCAGAGAAUUCAUACUGGCGAAAAAUCUUUUAUAUGCAUUGAAUGUGGGAAAGUGUUCAGCCGGAGGGGCCACCUCACCGGGCAUAAAAGAAUCCAUAAUGGCCAGAAGCCCUUUGAGUGUAAGGAAUGUGGGAAAUUUUUCAGCCAGAGGGGAAACCUCACCAAACAUCAGCAAGUUCACAAGAAGAAACCCUUUGAUUUCAGUGAAUGUGAGACCUUCAGUUAUGACUCCCACAGUCUCCAGCAGAGAAUAAAUCCUGAAGAAAAGCCCUUUGAGAAGGAUGAUUCAAAGCAAGUCUUCAUUCAGGGGGAAUCCUUUACGAUUUCAGAAGGAAUUCAGAUGAGAGAGGGAGAGACUUUUUGAAUCGAACACUUGUACUCCAUUGAGAGCCCAUGCCUUGAUUACAGUGAAACUUCAAUGAAAUUCAGACAGUUCAUAUUGGGAAAAAUAAUAAUAAUCCUUACAAAUGUUAAUAAGAACACUUUUGAGACCUAAUUCACCUAUCACCAGAAGUUUUGUCCUAUUAUUGACAGAUGCUAAUUAGAAAUAAUGUGGGAAAAGCUUCAUGAAGAGUUGUCAUGUGUCAGGUACUAGACAUUGCGAUGGUGGAAUUUGCCAGCAGCCCAGAGAAUCACAUUUCUGAUUUGGAAGUAGCUCGGAGUCUGGCUCAUCCCACCCAUCCCCAAAAAGGAAUCCUUUCUACAAUUUAACUCUCAGUCUUUACUUAAAGCCCUCCGGGGAGAUCCUGGGCACUUGGAUUGCCUCCCUUUGAAAACAGAUCGUUUCAUUUUUUCAUGACACUAGUUAUGAGAAUUGUCCUUCUACCAAGCUUCCAUUUACUUCUUUGUGAUUCCCAUCCACUGUCCCACUUCUUCCCCUUUGGACCUGAAGCUUAAUUCACUAAAAUCCACACUAAAGUUCACACUAAAGAUUCUCAAAGAUACCCACCAAGUUUUCAAGUCUUCUCUCCCAUCUAAACCCCAUCCCCCAUUCUUUUCUUUUUCUGUGCUGAACAUUCUCAGUUUCUUCAACUAAUGCUUCUAUAGAUAUGGUCUGAACCGGAAAUCCUUUGCCAUCCUACUUGGGCUUCUUUGGCGUUCUCCCUAAAAAUGUUCUCAGAACAGAGUCUAAUAAUCUUGAUUUGGGCUAACCAAAUCAGAUUCUCGUGGGUCCCUCUCCUCCUAGAUUGUAUCUUGUCGAAGCUAUACCUGCAAACCAUUCUUUGCCCAUCUCACACUACAAGGACAGAGGUUUCAAGUCCUUCCUCUGUCACAUACUAAUAGUAUGGACUGAAUGAGACCCCAGGCAGCUGUCCUAAAACAAACCAUGGGAGCAGAUGGUUUCAAAGAAGAACAACUGGUUCAGAGCUCUGGGAUUGGGGGGACUCCCAUAGUUAUGGAGCACUAUGUGAGUGAUGAAACAACCAAGGAAUUGGAGAGAGACAAAACAGAUAGUAGAAACCAGGAGAGAUUAUGGAGAUCAUUAAAAAAUAGCCAGAAAGACACAGGUGGUUGAUGGUGACAUAUUUCAAAGGGAUGAAGAAUGUUUGAGUUGAUAUCGAAAGCAUUUAUUAAACACCUACUCUAUGCCAGGCACUGUCCUAGGUGCUUGGGAUACAAAGAUAGAAAUGUAUCGGAACCUUCUCUCAAAGACCUUACGUUGUUCUGUGUGGGAGAAGGGGGCAACAGGGACACAGAUAAGCGAAUAAACACAAAACAGCACAAACUACAUGGCGGGAUUCACCAAUGAAUGAGAAAACCACAAAAAAGCUUAUAAGUGGCUUUUGAGAUGAGUCUGGAAGAGGUUUUAUUGGGUUGGGGUAAGGACAGUAUUUCAGGAAUGGGGGAUGGCUGCAGAAUGUCUGGAAAGGGAGAAUGAAUGUCAUGAACAAGGCUUCUGAAACUGGAGCGGGGUGUGCUGGGAGAAUUUUUUUUGCUUAUCCAGCUGGUAAGCCAGCACUGUCCACAGAGACAAAAAAGGUGCAACUUAUGAGACAUGUUCCACCAUCAGUUUACAACUUAGCUAGUGAUAUUUAGUUGUAAUGUGAGGCAGAGAGAGAGAGAGAGGGAAAGGGAGAGGGAAGGAAAGAGAGAGAGAGAGAGAGAGAGAAAGAAAGGAUUGCUCAGGACAAAAAAGAAAGAAAAUCUGCUUCUUAAAGAGAAUGUAAAUCAUGAGUUACUGGAAAUAGAAAAGGAAGGUGCCUUUUGUAGGCUAACAUAUCUCACUAACCCAAAUAGAUUCAUCUAUCACUUGUGACGUGUCCUUGGACUUUCAAGAGGGAGUUAUUGAAGUCUUCCUUUGUUACAGUUAAACCAAACAAGGGGGAAAAAGAGACACUCAUAGAGAUCAGCUAUUGUAAGCUGGUCCCAGAAUUCAUACUGGGAUCAGACAGAACAAAAAUAGCCAAUCUAGAACAAAAUGGAGUCUAGUUAUGUUGACUCUUAACAGACCCCCUGAGCUCUUAAAAAAUGACUUAUUAGAUGAAAUCAGCCAGGUAGGCUAGUGUCAUAUGGUGAAGGGAUGUGGAAGCUGGACUGAGGGUUGGUAUUUGACCCUAGAGAAGCAGUAGGGAGCCACUGGAGCUGUUUGAGCAGGGACAUGCUGUGGAUGCAUUGUGCUUUAGGAAUGUCUGCCAGCUGCCUAGUGGAUGGAAUGAAGAUGCAAGAGGCUGGAUUUUAAAGUCCUCGGCCACAAGGUAAUGAGAAUUUGGAGCAGCUUUGUUGUCAUGUGAAUGGAUGGGAGUCCAGGCAACACACACUUAUUCAGCACUUAAUAAUAUGUGCUGAGCACAGUGGAAGGAAACAAAUGGGACAGCUGCUGCGAUGGAGGAUUAGGACUGACAUGAGGUAAUAGUAAUUCAAAGAUCUUUGGUUAUACUGGAGAGGGCAGUUUCAGUGGAACGAUGUAUUUGGAAGCAAGAUUUCAAAACAUUGGGAAGUGGGCUGGAUGGGAAGGAGGACAGAAAAUAGAUCAUCUAGAAAGCUUUUUACAGGAAUUUGAUCAGGAAAGAAAAGAUAGGGAUGAAAACCAGGAAGUGGUAGGAUCAAGUCAAUGGAUUUUUGUUUGUCUUAAAUUUGGGCAUUACCGAGGGCCAGGGGUGUGCUAUAGUAGCUUGAAAUGACUAAAAGAGCCUAUUGUUAAAUUUUCCUUUUAAGCAUUCACUUCUGGGAAAUCAGCAAAUGCUACAGAUCAGGGCUUGAUUUAUUGCUUUAUGGACUAUCUAGACUUAAGAACAUGAACUGGAGAAGGAAAUGACAAACCGUGCCAGUAUUUGCCAAGAAAAUCCCAUGGACCAUGUUGUGAAGGGCCCGACACAGCUGAAUGGCAGUCACAACAAGAAGAAAGGGGUGGACAUGUUCAAAGAGAAGGACUCCUUUAAGCAACCAGAAGACUUAAAAUCAAGUUCACAAGGAGCAGAAUUUGUUUUAAAGGACUAGAGAUCUCUUAUUAGGUAUUAGAGCAAAGCACUAAGUAGAGAAUGAUGGUGAAAAGUUGAAGUGCAAAAUGGAAGAAAAGGAAAUUCAUGCUACAUGGCUUCUAUUUUCUUGCAGUUGGGUGCAAACUAGAUAGUGUUGGACCUAGAGUCAAGAAGGUUUGAGUUCAGCACUUGGUGACUUGCCCAGGGUCACACAGCUAGCAUCCUUCCUCUAGGCCCAGUGCUCAGUUGACUUUGCUACCUAGCUGCCCCCAGGAAAACAGAAAAGAGUUUAAGUUGGGGUGGGACAGAGACAGAGAAUCCGUUAUCACCCUCCCAAUACCUGGCUACCUGCAUGGCCCUCCUUUGAGCCCUGAGAGGUUGGCCUUUGCCCUAUUCACCUUCAUCUUUCCUGAUGAGGUCUAACGGGUCAUGAUGAAGCGAUGAAGGCGGGGAGUCUUCUAGAAUGAAGUUACAGGUUCAGGCCGUUUCCAAGUCAAGCUUUAUUAUGAUACCAUAUGGCGGGCUAAGUUCUUGUGAACUUGAAUUAGCAAAGGGCAAGGUGGGAUAAAAGUACCAUUGAAGACUUCUCUUUGGGUCUUGCCAUUUAUUCCUCUACAAUGAAACUAUGAGAGGUCUUCUCUUACUUUGAGAAAAGAGGAUUGCUAAAGAAGCAAUGUCUGCCUUAGGUAGAACUACAAGUUAAUCCUGCCAAAUACUCAAUAUGUAAAGCAAUGAAUAUCUGUGCUAUAAAUUAUUCUGUCAUUUAGAAAGUGCAUAAUAUUAAAUGUUUUUUUAAAGAUGAUGUUCAUAGCCAAAUCUGAGAGAAAUAACAUAGAAAAAAGAAUUAUAGACCAGUCUCACUAAUAUUGAUUUUACCUAAAAUAUUAAUAAUUAGACUCUAGCAAUAUAUUCUAAAAUGUUUACUAUGGCCAAGUUAGAUUUAUCCAUUAAACAUUUACACCAGAGAACAUUAAACAUUAGAAGACAUAGCAUCCUUAUGCAAACUACGUAAACAACAUAAUUAUAUCAAUAAAGAGAAAAACUUUUUUACUGCGUAAAUUAAUGGUACAGCCUAUUGCUGUAUUAGUCAUGGAUUUAUGGUACUAGAGAAAAUAAUAUAAUUCAUCUAGUGGAACAAAAGAUCUAGCAUCUCAAAGGGAAUAAUGGGGUAAAAUGCAGAAUUAAAAAGGGGUUAAUGUUAUUGUAAAGUGGUAUUGUCACUUUCAAAAACAUAGUGCCUACUAGUUGCCAGGCACUGUGUUAAGUGUUUUACAAAUAUUAUUUUAAAUAUUUUUCACAAUCUCAUGUGAACCACAAAUUGUUAUCUACACUGUAUUGUGUUUUUAUUUUUAACAAUGUUUCCCAAUUUCAUUUUCACUGGGUUCUAGUGGAAGUAGUUUUUCAGGUAGCGAGUUUGCCAGCUCUGCCAUCAGCAGUAAUUCCCAGAACUUUUUGAUACUGAUUCAAAGAGUAGAAAAGUAGAUUUGGGUUGUUCUUGGAUUGAUGGUGUCUUGGACCAAGCUGUUCAUUUGCUUCUAUGUCCUGCUUGUCUAACCUGAACAACUUUUCUAUUUUUGAGAUUGGCUGACUGCUUUAUCUGCAUGCCAUAAAAGUUUUGGCAUGUAACUUAAUUUGUUAUUCUUUGCAUUAAUGUAUUUUUUAUUUCUGUAAUUUGUUCUCAUUAUUAUGGAUGUCGUUAUUUUGGUCAACAUCUCACUAGUGCUUAUGUGUGUAUACAUAUAUACAUAUAUACAUAUAUACAUAUAUACAUAUAUAAUUGCAUUGUGGUCUACAAAUAAAGCCUGAAGCAGAUUAGAAUAUAAUUGGGAAAUAUUUAACACAUAAAAAUGCAAUAGGACAUAGAUAAUGUUAAUAUGUAGUUUUCUAAAUCAAUUUGUGGCCCCAUUUCUAUUUCAAUUUGACACCACUGCUUUAUAGCAAUAAAUUCACAGGUCUGACCCCAAAUUUUUAAAGAUAUUGAAAAUUAUGUUCGAUAUUUAUUUUUACACUUAUUUAUGAUUUCUCUUAGCACAUGUCCAGUUUUUGGUAAAGAAGUACCAGGUGAUGAGAAAUACUUAAUUUAAAAAAUAUACCUUUUCAAAAAUAGUCAUAACUUUUCAGCUCUUUAAAAAAUCCUGUUCUGCUAUCUUCCUUCUUAACUUUUAAUUAGACUUCUCAAGUUCUGAAAGAGUAAUAGGAGAGUACCCAUAAUUGUGUGUGUUUUUUAAUGUCUCUUUGUAACUUGGUAACUUCCUACUUAGAAGCUGUAGUUAAUAUGUAAAUAUUUAGUAAUGGUAUUGUUUUAUUAUUCGUAGUGCCUUUAUGUGUAACCUGAUUUUCCUGGUGGUUUUUUGACAUUGUCAGUUUUUAUUAUUGCCUUAUCUGAAAUGAAGAUUGCAAUUAAAAAAAAAAAAAGAUCAUCUAAAUAAUAGUAUAGUCUCUUCCAACCUAUUAUGAUUAAGUUUGUAUUUCCUCAGUAAUUCAUUUGCAUUAACUUUUUUUUUCUUUCCCUCCUUCAUCUACUUUUUUAUUUUGUUUUAUUGGAAGAAAAUAGAAAAAAAGAAAAACAGAAAAGGAAAAAAAAACAGAACAGAACAGAACAUUGUCAUGUGCCCAGUAGAACAUCGAGGAGGAUUCAAAAUCUAUAAUAAUAAAUUACUAGUUCAAGAAAGAAUAUAUAUGGGCAGCUAGAUGGUGUAGUAGAGUGCUGGCCCUGAAGUCAGGAGGGCCUGAGUUCAAAUUUGGCUCCAGACACCUAAUAUUUCCUAGCUGUGGGACCCUGGGCAAAUCACUUUACCCAGUUGCCUCAGCAAAUACAUACACACACACAUAAAAUAGAAGAAAUUCUAUUCAUGAGUGUCCAUUUUUUCUUUGCUUCCUUGAAAUUGUCCUUUUGUUCUCUACUGUGCACUUUUUUUUUUACUUUAUUUUUUUUUCUCCCUUUCAUCCCCUCCACUUCCCCCAGACAGGCUGUAGGUAAGUACACACAUAUAUAUUUAUAUAUACACACCUCCUCCCCCCUGCCCCCACAUAUAUACAUAUGCCUUUACACCCACUUCCAUAUACAUAUAUCUAUAUAUGCACAUACAUAGAGCAACAUGCAUACGUAUCUAUAUAUACUCCCGUAUUAACCCAUAUGUAACCAUGCAUCUAAAAUCGUAUUAGUAUGGCUGACAUGUAAAUUGCUCUCUUGAAUGAGUCUUUAGAUAGGAUUGUGUCUAAGAUCAAUGAUUACUAGUUGUACUUUUUUUUCCUAAUAAAUUCUACUCCUGA